AUGAACGAGCGAUUUCCCCUGGGCUGGCGGUAAGCGCCCUCAUCCCCUUCAGCUUCAGCAGGUGUGUACACUCUGACGGGCUGCAAUAAAGGAACCAUUAGCAAGAGCAGGACGCCUGUCUCUCUCUGUGUGUGUGUGUGUGUGUGUGUGUGUGUGUGUGUGUGUGUGUGUGUGUGUGUGUGUGUGUGUGUGUGUGUGUGUGUGUGUGUGUGUCGUGUGUGCAUGCAUGGUUUUCUUUUUUGCGCUUGUAAAUGUAUAUUUAUAUGAGUUUAUGUUUUUGUGAACAACCUUUGCAAGGUUAUAUGAGUACAGUAUAUGUUAUCUUUGUAGAUAUAAUAAGUAUAGUAAGUGUAUGUGUUUGUCAGCCGUAUCAGUGCCUGUGUGAGUUUUUACUUGUAUUUUUGUGUGUGUGUGCUUAUUGGUGUGUGUGUGUAUCAGGGUUUCCGGUCAUCCAUAUGCGUUGGGUGCGUAACCCAUUAGGGCGUCCUCCCACGCAGCCAACACCAUCAAUAAACGAGGGAUAUUGGCCAAGUGAGCCACAUUUACGUGUCCUUAAAAUCAUCCUAUUCCUUGUGUUUUGAUUUGUAGCAUAUGCAAAACUUUAUAGCCUAUUGCUUUAUUGUUUUUUACUUUCCUAAAACAAUAAAUGUCCAACUCACGGUUCAGCGGUCAGAGAUUUGAGCACUGAAUGCAUCAGGGCAUUGCAUGCAUAGGCCUAUAGGCUUAGGCGUCCACUGUAUGAUAUUAAUAUACAAAUAUAUACAGUUGAAGUCGGAAGUUUACAUACACUUAGGUUGGAGUCAUUAAAACUUGUUUUUCAACCACUCCACAAAUUUCUUGUUAACAAACUAUAGUUUUGGCAAGUCUGUUAGGACAUCUACUUUGUGCAUUUUUCCAACAAUUGUUUACAAACAGAUUAUUUCACUUAUAAUUCACUGUAUUACAAUUCCAGUGGGUCAGAAGUUUACAUACACUAAGUUGACUGUGCCUUUAAACAGCUUGGAAAAUUCCAGAAAAGGAUGUCAUGGCUUUAGAAGCUUCUGAUAGGCUAAUUGACAUAAUUUGAGUCAAUUGGAGGUGUACCUGUGGAUGUAUUUCAAGGCCUACCUUCAAACGCAGUGCCACUUUGCUUGACAUCAUGGGAAAAUCAAAAGAAAUCAGCCAAGACCUCAGAUAAAAAAAAAUUGACCUCCACAAGUCUGGUUCAUCCUUGGGAGCAAUUUCCAAACGCCUGAAGGUACCACGUUCAUCUGUACAAACAAUAGUACGCAAGUAUAAACACCAUUGGACCACGCAGCCGUCAUACCGCUCAGGAAGGAGACACGUUCUGUCUCCUAGAGAUGAACGUACUUUGGUGCGAAAAGUGCAAAUCAAUCCCAGAACAACAGCAAAGGACCUUGUGGAGAUGCUGGAGGAAACAGGUACAAAAUUAUCUAUAUCCACAGUAAAACGAGUCCUAUAUCGACAUAACCUGAAAGGCCGCUCAGCAAGGAAGAAGCCACUGCUCCAAAACUGCCAUAAAAAAGCCAGACUACAGUUUGCAACUGCACAUGGGGACAAAGAUCGUACUUUUUGGAGAAAUGUCCUCUGGUCUGAUGAAACAAAAAUAUAACUGUUUGGCCAUAAUGACAAUCGUUAUGCCACGGGGGUGGCAGCAUUAUGCUGUGGGGGUGCUUUGCUGCAGGAGGGACUGGUGCACUUCACAAAAUAGAUGGCAUCAUGAGGAAGGAAAAUUAUGUGGAUAUAUUGAAGCAACAUCUCAAGACAUCAGUCAGGAAGUUAAAGCUUGGUCGCAAAUGGUCUUCCAAAUGGACAAUGACCCCAAGCAUACUUCCAAAGUUGUGGCAAAAUGGCUUAAGGACAACAAAGUCAAGGUAUUUAAGUGGCCAUCACAAAGCCUUGACCUCAAUCCUAUAGAAAAUGUGUGGGCUGAACUGAAAAAUCGUGUGCGAGGAAGGAGGCCUACAAACCUGACUCAGUUACACCAGCUCUGUCAGGAGGAAUGGGACAACAUUUACCCAACCUAUUGUGGGAAGCUUGUGGAAGGCUACCCGAAAUGUUUGACCCAAGUAUAACAAUUUAAAGGCAACGCUACCAAAUACUAAUUGAGUGUAUGUAAACUUCUGACCCACUGGGAAUGUCAUGAAAGUAAUAAAAGCUUAAAUAAAUAAUUCUCUCUACUAUUAUUCUGACAUUUCACAUUCUUAAAAUAAAGUGGUGAUCCUAACUGACCUAAGACAGGGAAUUUUUACUAGGAUUACAUGUCAGGAAUUGUGAAAAACUGAGUUUAAAUGUAUUUGGCUAAGGUGUAUGUAAACUUACAACUUCAACUGUAUAUAAAGGAAGAGAAGCUUAGGCCUAGCCCCAUAGAGAGAGAUUCGAUUAUAGGAGUAACUCUGGUAGGCCUAAAACAUUCUUCCUCACCUCAAGUUCAACUGUCAGAAUCAGUUGGAGCGCCGGUGCGCACUGCCUUCAUAUCAACGGCCUUCAGUAAAAUAGACUAAUAGCCACACCACACCAAACCUUCACAAACGUUUCUAAACUUUAUUAGUGUGUUAGGGUAAUAUAAAAAUUAAGUCAAGCCAUUGUUUAUAGGGAACAUACGAACAGGAUAUUAUAUUACGGCAAACACAACUUUACAUUUGGAACUUAAUUUGGCCAAAGAAAAUGGCUCAAAAUAAUUUAGCAAAACACUUGAGACCUGGUUUAAACCUUCACAAAAGUUUUGAAACUGCUAUAUUGCAGCAAUUACCAAGAAAAGCAAGUGCCUACCGUACCCAACAAAUGAGAGCAAUAGGCUAAUGACAUUGAUUUUACAACAGGCCAACUUAUAACCUAUCUUAAACUAAAUACGGAGCACACAAUUAAAACGACAUAUCAAACUUAAUGUAGCCAAAGAAAAUGUCUCAACAGAAUGAAACAAAACACAUUUUGCAUAUUUAAAUAACUGGUUUAGGUUAAUGAUUCGGCCUGCAAUAAUAACAACGAUAUACAAUAAUAAUAAUGAUAAAACAAAUUAUUAUGAAUAAGAAAAAAUGAAUAAAUAAAAGUUCUGAAAUUGCAUCCUACCUGAAUAGCGAGUUGCACAGUAGCCUGCAUUUGGCCGCGCCAACGUCCUUCUCAUCUUUGUCCACUACAAUAUUAAAAUGUGUCAAUAAGGUGGACAUUCCCCUUGUAGCAGGGCUCCAGACUACCAUUUUACCCUGGUGGCACUGGUGCCACUAUGUUUUUCUGUUGGUGGCACCCACCCAUGAUUUGGUCGUACCCAAAAACAAAUGCGGCAUCACGCAAUGGAUAAAAAUAUUCAAUAAUCUUAUUAAGUAAUUCACAGUGUAAUAGACUACACAUUAGCUAGAUCACUAACUUUAAAGAUAAUACCCACCGCUAGUAGCCAUGUAUUAAUCUAACAGUACAUUGAAUGUCCAAAAUUACAUUGCAGUUGUAGCCUACUGCCUAAUGAUGCCUAUCCACUUGCAAUGUCCAAUGCACAUUUCGCCGCUCUGUAUCUCUAAGCCAUAUAUAAUAUCUUGUUUGUAAAGUAGUUGCUAUUGAGCUCAAAAUUGAGAGUUGAGGGAAAAAAAUACUGAAAGCUGAGAACAUCCUCUCUCCAUCCAACAGGCUAGCUGUGUUUUUCCCGCAUUUGGAUUUUAAAAUGUUAUACUAUCAGAACACUUUUUUUUUUUCCUGGAGCAUUUUAUUUCCUUGGGAAAGAAGAGAGAGAGAGUGGCUCGGUCAACACAUUUAAAUGUUUUAGUCAUUUAGCAGACGCUCUUAUCCAGAGCGACUUACAGGAGCAAUUAGGGUUAAGUGCCUUGCUCAAGGGCACAUCGACAGAUUUUUCACCUAGUCGGCUCGGGGAUUAGAACCAGCGACUGGUUACUGGCACAACGCUCUUAACCACUAAGCUAGGCCAAGGCUCCUCUCUUGCUCUCUCAUUCUCCUCAGCAGAGGCAGCUCACAAGGAUGUAUGCACGCAUGACUGUAAGUCGCUUUGGAUAAAAGCGCCUGCUAAAUGGCAUAUUUAUUUAUUUAUUUAUAGAAUGGUGCUGAAGUGUGAAAGGUAGCAAAGAGGUUAAGAGUGUUGGGCCAGUAACCGAAAGGUCGCUGGUUUGAAUCCCCGCGCCAACUAGGUUUUAAAAUCUGUCGGCACUUAACCCUAAUUGCUCCUGUAAGUCGCUCUGGAUAAGAGCGUCUGCUAAAUGACUAAAAUGUAAAUGUUUUAAAUUACAGUAUGUGUGUAUUUGCUAGUAUACCGUGUAUUCCUGUGAGCUUCUGCCUGCGUGCCCAUGGACCAGCGAGGCAGAGCAAAGUUUGAUGGAGGGAGAUGUGAGCCUUAAGUGGUGGACAAGGGAAAUUUGCACUGAGCAAAUAAAUGUCAAGUUAAGUGGCUGUUGAAAUUGCCUCCAUUUGGGAAGCAGGCUGCAUCCAAGCGUUGCUGUCGGGGAGAAAAUACAAAAUAAAAGGCAGAAGAACAGCAGCCGUGACAGAUUUCAGAAAACACUAUGAUAAUCUCUUCAGUUUUGGAUCUGCUGGAUUGUCUCCAUAUAAAGGUAGCCUGAGGGCCAGUCUUUCUUACAGGAACACCUUAACCUGUUUAGCUAAGGCCUGUCCUUACAGUAACACCUUAACCUGUUUAGCUAAGGCCUGUCCUUACAGGAACACCUUAACCUGUUUAGCUAAGGCCUGUCCUUACAGUAAAACCUUAACCUGUUUAGCUAAGGCCUGUCCUUACAGGAACACCUUAACCUGUUUAGCUAAGGCCUGUCCUUACAGGAACACCUUAACCUGUUUAGCUAAGGCCUGUCCUUAUAGGAACACCUUAACCUGUUUAGCUAAGGCCUGUCCUUACAGGAACACCUUAACCUGUUUAGCUAAGGCCUGUCCUUACAGGAACACCUUAACCUGUUUAGCUAAGGCCUGUCCUUGUUUGCGCUCUGCUGCUAAUUAGCUCUUUCUUGUGUGUUUGUUUUGAUUAGGAUCGAAUACUCUGUGAGUGUAUGUGUGUGCUCAGCUGUAUGAUUUUGCACCCCAAUACAUGUCAGACAUGCUUUUAGGUUAUGUACCCAGUAGGUCCCUUAGGUCCUCUGGCACCCGGCCUUUUAACUAUCCAAAAGCCUAGGACCAAGAGGCAUGGAGAGGCAGCCUUUAGUUACAGUAUAAUGCCCCCAGCCUCUGGAAUUGCCUGCCAGAGAAGCUGAGGGGGGCCGAAACUGUGGACAUAUUUAAAAUAGAUCUUAAAACACAUAUUUUUAGCUUUGCUUUUCCUUAGGGUGCUUUUUAGUCUUUCAGUUGUAUUGUUAUUCUUUUGUUUUUUAUCCUCUUAUGUUUCUGUUUUUAUUUUCAUUGUUUUUAUUUAUGUUUUUUCCUGUGAAGCGCAUUGCGUUGCAUUCAUGUCUGAAAUGUACUAUAUAAAUAAAGCUUGAAUUAAUUUGAUUUGAUAUGUGUGUGUGUGUUUGCACUGUUUCUGUGCACGCAUAAGUGUGAAAUCAAAGGUAGGUACCUCUUACGUGGUGAGUCUAAUUAAAAGACUCCUUCCUAUCAGACAGACAGACAGACAGACUGAAACUCAGCAGUCUCCCCUUCCUUUCCUGCUUCCCCUGACACCUAGGUUCUAUCCGUGCUCCCCUAGAACCUAGGUCCCAGAGGAGAGAGAAGUAAACAGACUCAGUUUCAGAGGUUUAUUUUGGCACUGCUGUCGCCACCCUGCCUGGCACACUGUGUGGCCCAGUGGGGUCAUGGCAUAGGUGGGUUUGUGUGAGUUAGAGGGGGAAGUUGGCUUUUUAAAUAGUUCCAAUCUCCCAUCUCAGCAUUUACCUCAGCAUGCUCCUCCUUUUACUGACAGCAGCUGCUGCAUGAACAGACAAACCACAGAGACUCUCUCUCGCUCGCUUUCUCUCUGUCUUUCUCUCUCUCUCUCUCUCUCUCUCUCUCUCUCUCUCUCACACACACAUACACAGAGCGAUGGCACGCGCCCACAGCGACCUUUAAUCUUCAGACCUUCCGCCCUCUGUCAAGGCUCACAGAGAAAGCCGUGCUGAGGGUUCACAGGGAGUCAAACACUCUUCACACAACCUGUGUGUGUGUGUGUGUGUGUGUGUGUUCUGUUGUCUGGAGAAAAGCUGAGACUGUGGCAGCCUAAUAGCAGAUUAAGGGUCCCGAAGGACAGUGGUGCUUUUCUCUCUGUCAUCCCAGUCUGUGAGCGUAGGAGUGAAAGGCAGCCAGAUAGAAAGAAGGGAGACUGGGGAAGUAAGCAAAGGUGGUACACCCAUCUUGGCACCGUUACCACUGGAUAAGCUACUUAACCAGCCAGCCCCUAGCUAAGUGUUAAGUGUUCUCUGGGGAGAUGGCGAGUGGGGUUAGGGGCCCCUUCUAAAGUCCCCAUGGUGCAUCUUCAAAUUGCUGUCAUGUUCUUAAGAUUAACUGAGGACACAGAUAAUGGUUUGGAAAAUAUUUUUGUCUCUGCCUUGCCUUUGUGUAAGGGGAAUACAAUCGGUUCCAAACUCGUAUCCUCACAAGGCCUUCGAAAAAUAGAGGGACUGAGGCGUACAAACCAGAUAACACUGCUGUGGCCUUUGUGUUUGAAUUGAAGUCCUCUUGAGCUGUUUUGUGGGGUUAUUGUUAACAACGCCCUCUAAAAGAACAAUACAUAAGGAUAAAGAUCCGUCCUUGGCCAUGAAAUAUUCAUUACUGCUACUUUAUGACCCUCAUACCAAGGGUUGGCCAGCCACUGAAUGAAAUUCAGAUCUGUUUUGUUAUGUACAAGCACAGGAAAGUGAGCAUUGCCUACCUUAUUUAGCUGUAACCAAUGCCUGACCAGCCUUGCAAACCCUAGCAAUUACGUUCUGAAUCCAUUUAUUGACUCAAGGGGCAGAUUUGACGAUGUAUCAUAUGUGUUUAGAUAGGCUUGUCAAAGUAGUGGAGUAUGUAUUUACAAAGUGGCGGUUUUCCACACUGUUGCCCUUUCCAAGGUCUCCCCCUGGGUUUUGUAGAAGUUGGGUAUUGGUAAUAAACAUGGGUCUUUGGACUGCAGUAAUGACCCCUGCCUCGUAAACCAAACCAGAUGAUCAAAUGCCAUCUACCACAAUAACCCUCACACAUGGUACUCCUGACCCCCACAGUACAGUCUGCUUUCAAUUCUCUGCCUGCAUUUAGUAUUGGAGUCAAGGCUGCCUGAUUGUGGAGGACUAAUCAACACAGGGUCAAAUUAAGUGUUGAUGGAGUCCUCCACACACCUGACUGGGGUUGUGUAAUAGCACUUAUUCAGUUUAGCUUAUUUUUCAAGCCUCUAUUAGGUCCUAGCUGUCCUCCCUGUCUUUCAGUAGCGUUCAAGGUGUUCUCUAGCUGGGCUGUCUGAAGCCUUCUAACUCCCCUGCUGUUCAGAACACAGACAGACACAGACACAGACAGACAGACAGACAGACAUAUACAAAGCUCCUGAGCAGAGAGGUAUCGUCAGAUAGGGCUAUCUGGGGAAAUCACCUCAUCAUAACCAGGGAGAGGACAGCACCAGAAGCAGCACACAGUACUGUCACCUCAGAUACUAACACUACUCUCAAAGACACUCUUCCCUGACACGCCCAAAAUAACCCUCAGAAUGAUGUUAAUAACAGUCUGUGAUGACUGAUGGCUUUGGCAAAGUGACAGAUACCUUGUUAAGCUCAUUGUUCUAUGUCUUCUAUUCUUCUCUCUCUCUCCCCCUCUCCCCCUUCUCUCCCAUUAUUGCAGUUGCGACUCUGAGAACCGUUACCUUGGCAACCCCCUCAGAGGAACGUGCUACUGUAAGUAUCCUGCCGCUGCAGCCACACCUUCAUUGCAGCAUACCACACAUCUGCACAUCUCUUUGACCUUUGCUCUGUAGUGAGAGUUGGCUAAGCAGAUGGAAGCGUUUAGUCUGUGCCAGGCAGUAUGGCAGCAAUCCACUGCAGAUUUGUCAGGCUCUAAACUUGAUUUGUAGCAGGAGAUGGUAGCAAGGUUUAGAGGGGCUUCUUUCUCCAGAUGUCAAUGUCAGAUCACUGGCCUCAUAUUGAUGUGACUAAUUUGCAGCAAAUUGGUGGUUUUUCAAGUUAAAGUACAUUGGUGAAAUAUUUUACUAAAAACAUAUGCUCUCUGGCAUCAGCCGGUGGAAGUUGGUCCACUGACCAGGGUUGUAAGGGUAGCUGUUUUGGACAAAGUUCAAGUACUGUCACUUCCAAUAGUAAUCCUGUUGAGUGUAGUCAUGCAUGAAUGUAGUUCUAUGAGAGAGGUUGUCCAUUUUUAAGGAAGAAGAGCGACCAGAGCUCUAGAAAAGCACAACCUUUCACAACAUCAAAACACAUCCAGAUAUAUAUAAAACAAAUCUCUAUCUAAUAACACUCAUCUGUACUGUCAACUAUUGAACUAGUACUGUUCUGUAUUUGUAUUGUCAGAUUCUAACCAGCUUUAGAAAGGUUAAGAACAUCUACCAGCAUCACUCACUGUGGCACCCACUGUCUUCUAUUAUUCAUGAGAGAUUGCGUCUGUUCAGCUGACUGGCAUAAUGUCUGAGUAAGGAGGGCACUAGAUGGCACCCUGGCUGUACAGUGUACCCACAGUUACCAGGAGGCAGUGGAGGACAUGGGUCCGGAGAUCACUCUCAAUCACUAUGGUCACUCUGAGAGGUGUCUAUCUGUGUAUCUCUGUUUGGCUACGGACUGUGUCCCCUGAGGGACAUGUCAUAUCCUGAUCGUUCCCCUGUGUCGGUUGAGAGGGUUCAAAGUCAUUAGCUGGUCCAUUUGCUCCCUAUCUGCCAGGUCUGUUUGAACAUGGCCAAACAAUCACACAGAUACUCUAAAUGGCACAUUAGAAAUUCAUUUGUUUCCUGUGUUCCUUUAUCAUACACUGUUCUAUCAAAUAGAACAGUGGCUGUAAAUCAUCUAUUAGCAUGCUAUUCAGAUAUCACGGUGGACAUGGAGGGCAAAUAAGAGCUCUAUUUGAGGUCUGUGAGAAAGUAUGACUGAUUUUGAUCCUACAUGGCAUUUCAAAUCUUCAUAACAGGCAGGGUCAUCGGCAAAGCUGUUGUUGACUUCAGAUGACUGAAAGGUUGGCCAUGUUUGAUGACGGCUAGUGUUUUCCAUAUGUCAAGAGCACAGAAACUUAGGCUCAAAGGCUAAGCCCCACUUAAAUGCUACAAUUAGGUCAUAACCAAUCAAGAUUCAAAGCUUUUAUCAUGUUGUUUUCCUUGGGGAACUGAGUGUGACAUCCUCUAUUUGAGGGGAUUGAUGUUUACUUUGCACGCUCAUUACAUGCUAAUUAUUUAACCGUCUAUUAAUGUCAGUUGUGACAAGGCAGAAAUGUGGAGCCAUCUAGCACAAUGACACUAAUAAUGAUAGGGAGAGUAAUGAUGAUGAGGAAUAUCAUUUUAUUAAUGGAGGUGUUGCUACUGUACAACUACCACUAGUCCAACUACUAGUACUUCUACAACUACUUAAUGGCUUCAAUAUGUACUUCUAUUACUACUACUAAUACUUAAUAAUUCUACUAAUGGUAGGCCUAAUACUUCCUACCAUUGGAAACUGGUCUAGGUCAUUGUUGGAGGACCAGUACUGUGGAGGACUGUGGUUUAGCUCAGAUGACUUCCCACUGGGCACACACUGGUUGAAUUGACAUUGUUUCAACAUAAUUUGUCAAUGUAUUGUGACGUGGAAUCAACGUGGAAUAUACAUUGGAUUUGAAAAAAGUCAUGAACCAGUACUGUUUUCAUCUAAUUUCAACCAGAGUUGUAAAUAUUGAAAUUAGGGUAAAACUUCAACUUAUAUUAUUUGACUUAACCUGACUAACAGGUUGUUACACCAAUCUAAUUUCAGCAUAAUCAUCAGAACUAUGUAUAUGUUGAAAUUGCGUAGAAAAUUCCACGUAGAAAUGCAAAAAAUAUUUUUCAUCCUAUAUUUAAUAUACUGUAUAGUGGGUGGUCUGUGGAGUGACAUAUACAAUGUCAAACACUACUCAACCUCAUCAUACAUUGACUCAUUUACUUAAGUCGAAGUAUUUCAGUUGAAGUUGUACCCUCAUUUCAAUGUUUACAAUGCUGGUUGAAAUUAGAUGAAAACAGUACUGGUUGAUGACUUUUUUCAAAUCCAAUGUAUUUUCCACAUUGAUUCCAUGUCACAAUACGUUGACAAAUUACGUUGAAACAAUGUUGAUUCAACCAGUGUGUGCCCAGUGGGUUCCCACUGGAAUGUAAUCAUGGCUGAUGCUAAGGAGGAAGCUGGUCAUCAGUGGCUGACCAGGUUAGUGUGGGUAAUGAGUUGCCCUCACAGUGGAUCAGUGUCAGCUAGAAGGCCCUAAUGAGAAGGAGCCACCAAGUGUGUCCCACCAGACCCGCCACCCACCAUUACCAGCCUCAACCCUCAAGCCCCUUAUCAUGAGAGGAUCAGGCGGUCUGCACUAAACACUAUCUGACAGGCACUCUGCGCAGACGCCUAACCAGUGUCAGAUAGAUACAGUGAGAGAUACUCUCCCCAGACCCAAGCACGGAGGCUUUUCUGUGCUGAUAGUCUCUACUUGCUAAUUGUAGACUGGCUAUGUAGACUAUGGUAUUUUACCUCGGUGUUGUCACGAAGAGUGUCUGUCCGACUGAGGGAAUUAUCUCCAUUUGAAUUAAUGUUAGUAAUACUGAGCAGACAACUGAAUUGUACAAUAGAUGUCUGAACAUUAUCAGUCAGGCAGUUGGCUCAGACAGCUGAGUAGUACCAUCAGACAAGUUGAGUAUUACCAUCAGACAAGCACAUAUUCAUAGCUACUUUACAGAAGAUACCUCCAUCAUUAUAGGUGUCACUUUACCUGGGGGCCCAGAAUAAUCAAGGACACCUCUUCUUCUGAGCCAGUGUCCUGAGUGUAAAGUCUCAAUAGCUAGGUUUCCAUGCUUUGCCAUCUAGUGAUCACUCUGUAGAGCUGCCUCCAGAACAAGAUUCAUGACAAAAAACGCUAACCUGCACAAAAAGGACCCACCUUGUCUAGCGUAUUUAGUUUUGUCGACAUUUGGAAAGUUUACCAACAAAUUUGAUGUUUCCGUUAGGCCUGUCUUGACAUUUUUUAUCCGACAUGUUCUUUACUUGCAUAAAAAGGUUGGAUGGAAACCUGGUUAUUGGUGUUAUUUUUGAAAAUGCAUUUUUCUGUGAUUUUUACCUUUUUAUGAUAUUAUUUUUAAACAAAUUGCUUUCCCCGUGUACUAAUAUGCUGUACAUGUAGUUAUUUGUCUUUGAAGAAAGUGUUUCAAAUGCAAGGUAAUGAAUGGUAACAGGCACUAAAUGAAAUCUCCAAGUGGAUCCUGUAUAGCUGAUGUUGAAUAGGGCAUCAUGUUUGUUUCAACUUAUUGGAUGCAGGCUUCUGAAUAUGAAAUUACUUUACAGGUGAGAUUUUGUUCUUUCUUUUAGAUUCGGAAUAAAGUUACACAUUAUGCUAAUACCAUGAGUCGUCUAUGAAAACUUUUGUCUUGUGUAGCUCAUUUGAUGCUUACAUUGCCUUAUUUAAUUAUCUUUGUAAGGUCAAAUGUGUGCCCAAUGAACAUUUAGAUUAAAUUUCUCUGAUGAGAAUUUUAAUUUGCACUCUGAGCUUUUGCACCACAGUGGCAAAUAUUACAUGUACAUUUUACAUUUACGUCAUUUAGCAGACGCUCUUAUCCAGAGCGACUUACAGUUAGUGAAUACAUUAUUUUGUAUACUGGCCCCCGUUGGGCCAUGAAAUCAGGCAUGAAAUCUAACAUAUUGAAACAUGUUGAAAAUAAUUGUGCAACUUGACAAGUUUUCCACUUUGCAUAAUGUCAUUGUCUUCUCUGUGAACUCAAAAAUGUAUUCUUGAAAACACACACACACACGCACUCUCACACACACACACACACACACACACACACACACACACACACACACACACACACACACACACACACACACACACACACACACACACACACACACAAACAGACACAAACAGACACAGACACACGCACACACACACUCCUCAUUACUGCAGAAACAAGUUUCAAGUUUUAAUGUCACGUGCAACAGUACAGUGAGAUGCCUUUCUUGCAAGCUCUUAUCCCAACAGUUCAGUAAUUAAUAUAUCAAUGUAGAACUAUAAUAUAAAGUAAAGUAGAACAAAACCACAUAAGAAAUAGAAAUAAGAAGAACACAAGAAUGUAAGUAAGCUAUAUACAGGGUCAGUUCCAGUACCAUAUUUACAAUGUGCAGGGAUACUGGAGUGAUAUAGGUAGAUAUGUAUAGGGGUAAGGUGACUAGGCAUAAGGUUAUAUGAUAACUAGAGUAGCAGCAGCGUAAAUUAUGAUUGUAUGUGAGUGUGUGUGUUUGCGUGUGUGUAGAGUCAGUAUAAAUGUGUUUGCAUUUUUUAUGUGUGUGUGAGCAAAUGACAUGUGUGUAUGUGUGAGUGAGUGUGCAUAGAGACGGUGCAAAAAUAAAAUACAAGGGUCAAUGCAAAUAGUCCGUGUAGCCCCGGGGGGCUAGCUAUUUAACAGUCUUAUGCCUGUUGGUGUCAGACUUGAAGCUCCGGUACCACUUGCCGUGAGGAAGCAGAGAGAACACUCUACGGCUUGGGUGGCAGGAGUCUUUAACAAUUUUACUGGCCUUCCUGAUAUAGAGGUCCUGGAUGGCAGGGAGCUCGGCCCCAGUGGUCUAAGUAUACUGUACAUUAAUAAGCACCAUACACUGGUACCAAACACCCUAGAAACCUCACAAUGUCUAUUUCCCUGCACUUAUGUGUCCUCUUUACAGAGCAUGUGGAACUGUUUGAAGUUUACUAAAGACCCUUAUGGGAUAAACAACACACACCAACGUGUGUGCCCGGAGCGGGAGGGAGAGAGAGACACGCAUUGGCUUUGAUCUGAUAUCUGCUAAUUCCUUUAAUUCGGCGUGGUGACUAAACAAAACACAACUAUUUGUCUAACAUAAUUUCCUUUCGUCUCGCUAAGGCUUGAAAUGUGCGUUCUGAAAAGAAGUCAAAUUAAGUCCUCUCUGAACACAGCAGGAGUGUCUUUUUGUUAAGUUAGAAUGAUGACAAACAAUUGUUUGUUCUUCUCAUGUGUAAAAAUUAAUGGCUGAUAAACAGCAGUUCAUAGAAGCCGUGAAAUGGGGGAGUGAAUGGCACAGUGUGAGCUUCUGAGACAGACAUGUAGUGCAUUCAGCUGUCAUCGUACUACACUGGCUCUGACGCUUGUCGGAUGUGGCAGGGCUUGAAAACUAUUACAGACUACAAAGGGAAGCACAGCCGCGAGCUGCCCAGUGACACAAGCCUACCAGACGAGCUAAACCACUUCUAUGCUCGCUUCGAGGCAAGCAACACUGAAGCAUGCAUGAGAGCACCAGCUGUUCCGGAUGAUCACGCUCUCCGUAGCCGAUAUGAGUAAGACUUUUAAGCAGGUCAACAUUUACAAGGCCACAGGGCCAGACGGAUUACCAGGACGUGUACUCCGAGCAUGUGUUGACCAACUGGCAAGUGUCUUCACUGACAUUUUCAACAUGUCCCUGACUGAGUCUGUAAUACCAACAUGUUUCAAGCAGACCACCAUAGUUCUCGUGCCCAAGGACACUAAUAUAACCUGCCUAAAUGACUACCGACCCGUAGCACUGACGUCUGUAGCCAUGAAGUGCUUUGAAAGGCUGGUCAUGGCUCACAUCAACACCAUUAUCCCAGAAACCCUAGACCCACUCCAAUUUGCAUACUGCCGCAACAGAUCCACAGAUGAUGCAUUCUCUAUUGCACUCCACACUGCCCUUUCCCACCUGGACAAGAGGAACACCUACGUGAGACUGCUAUUCAUUGACUACAGCUCAGCGUUCAACACCAUAGUGCCCUCAAAGCUCAUCACUAAGCUAAGGAUCCUGGGACUAAACACCUCCCUCUGCAACUGGAUCCUGGACUUCCUGACGGGCCGCCCCCAGGUGGUAAGGGUAGGUAACAACACAUUUGCCAUGCUGAUCCUCAACACGGGGGCCCCUCAGGGGUGCGUGCUCAGUCCCCUCCUGUAGUCCCUGUUCACCCAUGACUGCGUGGCCAGACACAACUCCAACACCAUCAUUAUGUUUGCCGCCGACACAACAGUGGUAGGCCUGAUCACCGACAACGAUGAGACAGCCUAUAGGGAGGAGGUCAGAGACCUGGCCGUGUGGUGCAAGGAUAACAACCUCUCCCUCAACGUGACCAAGACAAAGGAGAUGAUUGUGGACUACAGGAAAAAAAAGAGGACUGAGCACGCCCCCAUUCUCAUCGAUGGGGCUGUAGUGGAACAGGUUGAGAGCUUCAAGUUCCUUGGUGUCCACAUCACCAACGAACUCUCAUGGUCCAAACACACCAAGACAGUCGUGAAGAGGGCACGACAAAGCCUAUUCCCCCUCAGGAGACUGAAAAUAUUUGGCAUGGGUCCUCAGAUCCUCAAAAAGUUAUACAGCUGCACCAUUGAGAGCAUCCUGACUGGUUGCAUCACCGCCUGGUAUGGCAACUGCUCGGCCUCCGACCGCAAGGUACUACAGAGGGUAGUGCGUACGGCCCAGUACAUCACUGGGGUCAAGCUUCCUGCCAUCCAGGACCUCUAUACCAGGCGGUGUCAGAGGAAGGCCCUCAAAAUGGUCAAAGACUCCAGCCACCCUAGUCAUAGACUGUUCUCUCUGCUACCGCACGGCAAGCGGUACCGGAGCGCCAAGUCUAGGUCCAAAAGGCUUCUCAACAGCUUCUACCCCCAAGCCAUAAGACUCCUGAACAGCUAAUCAUGGCUACCUGGACUAUUUGCACUGCCCCCCCCCCCCCCCCCCCCCCCCCCACCCCCACCCCAUAUUUUUACACUGCUGCUACUCUGUUAAUUAUUUAUGCAUAGUCACUUUAACUCUACCCACAUGUACAUAUUACCUCAACUACCUCAACUAGUCGGUGCCCCCACACAUUGACUCUGCACCGGUACCCCCCUGUAUAUAGCCUUCCUACUGUUUUUUAUUUUACUGCUGCUCUUCUUUUUUGUUGUUGUUGUUUUAUUUUAAUUUUUAUAAAAAAAUAAAUGCAUUGUUGGUUAAGGGCUGUAAGUAAGCAUUUCACGGUAAUGUCUACACCUGUUGUAUUCGGCGCAUGUGGCAAAUAACAUUUGAUUUGAUUUGAUUUGGCUAUGAAGAUGUAAUUUCUCUCUUAGUGAGUGGGGUUUGGUUGUGAUGGCCAUUGUGUGUAUAGGCCUCGCAGGAUGCACAACUCCAGUCUACAAGGACCGUAUCCCUGUGUUUUCAAAUGAUCCCUGGCACUGAAUUGAUGAGUUCAUACAGUUGAAGUCGGAAGUUUACAUACAUCUUAGCCAAAUAGAUUUAAACUCAGUUCUUCACAAUUCCUGACAUUUAAUCCUAAUAAUAAUUCCCUGUCUUAGGUCAGUUAGGAUCACCACUUUAUUUUAAGAAUGUGAAAUGUCAGAAUAAUAGUAGAGAGAAUGAUUUAUUUCAGCUUUUAUUUAUUUCAUCACGUUCCCAGUGGGUCAGAAGUUUGCAUACACUCAAUUUGUAUUUGGUAGCAUUGCCUUUAAAUUGUUUAACUUGGGUCAAAUGUUUUGGGUAGUCUUCCACAAGCUUCCCACAAUAGGUUGGGUGAAUUUUGGCCCAUUCCUCCUGACAGAGCUGGUGUAACUGAGUCAGGUUUGUAGGCCUCCUUGCUCGCACAUGUUUUUUCAGUUCUGCCCACACAUUUUCUAUAGGAGGUCAGGGCUUUGUGAUGGCCACUCCAAUGCCUUGACUUUGAUGUCCUUAAGCCAUUUUGCCAGAACUUUGGAAGUAUGCUGGGGGUCAUUGUCCAUUUGGAAGACCCAUUUGCGACCAAGCUUUAACUUCCUGACUGAUGUCUUGAGAUGUUGCUUCAAUAUAUCCACAUAAUUUUCCUUCCUCAUGAUGCCAUCUAUUUUGUGAGGUGCACCAGUCCCUCCUGCAGGAAAGCACCCCCACAGCAUGAUGCUGCCACCCCUGUGCUUCGCGGUUGGGAUGGUGUUCUUCGGCUUGCAAGCCGUCCCUGUUUUUCCUCCAAACAUAAUGAAGGUCAUUAUGGCCAAACAAUUAUAUUUUUGUUUCAUCAGAUCAGAGGACAUUUCUCCAAAAAGUAUGAUCUUUGUCCCCAUGUGCAGUUGCAAACCGUAGUCUGGCUUUUUUAUGGCGGUUUUGGAGCAGUGUCUUCUUCCUUGCUGAGCGGCAUUUCAGGUUAUGUCGAUAUAUGACUCGUUUUACUGUGGAUAUAGAUACCUUUGUACCUGUUUCCUCCAGCAUCUUCACAAGGUCCUUUGCUGUUGUUUUGGGAGUGAUUUGCAUUUUUCGCACCAAAGUACGUUCAUCUCUAGGAGACAGAACGCGUCUCCUUCCUGAGCGGUAUGACGGCUGCGUGGUCCCAUGGUGUUUAACUUGCAUACUAUUGUUUGUACAGAUGAACGUGGUACCUUCAGGUGUUUGGAAAUUGCUCCCAAGGAUGAACCAGACUUGUGGAGGUCUACAAUUUCUUUUUUGAGGUCUUGGCUGAUUUCUUUUGAUUUUCCCAUGAUGUCAAGCAAAGAGGCACUGAGUUUGAAGGUAGGCCUUGAAAUACAUCCACAGGUACACCUCCAAUUGACUCAUAUGAUGUCAAUUAGCCUAUCAGAAGCUUCUAAAGCCAUGACAUCAUUUUCUGGAAUUUUCCAAGCUGUUUAAAGGCACAGUCAACUUAGUGUAUGUAAACUUCUGACCCACUUGAAUUGUGAUACAGUGAAUUAUAAGUGAAAUAAUCUGUCUGUAAACAUUUGUUGGAAAAAUGACUUGUGUCAUGCACAAAGUAGAUGUCCUAACUGACUUGCCAAAACUAUAGUUUGUUAACAUGAAAUCUGUGGAGUGGUUGAAAAACGAGUUUUAAUGACUCCAACCUAAGUGUAUGUAAACUUCCAACUUCAACUGUAUCAUUGAAUGCCCAGAGUGUGCAUAUACCUGGCCUAUGUCUGAUCAAAAGGCAAAAAAGAAAACCAGCAGGCCCUGCAACCACUUGAGGACUGGAGUUCAGUUGUGCACCCCUGGUGGAACUUGAACUCCCCUGAAGAGUUAAUAACAGUGAUCUGAAGGGGUUAGUGAACCGUCCUGCUGAGCAUAUUGACAAUCCAAUAGAGACUGUCUCCCACAGGGCUCCUCCUAGACAGUACCCUUCGAAUCAAGGGCUGUCUUCUGAAUGUAAUCAGACAAGGUGACCUUCCUUAAGUCCUGCUGAGGUCCAGUUUUUAAAUGUUCCAAAUCCCAGCCUUACAGCCCAUUGUGGCUCAGACAAUGAGGGCAUGUCAUUGAGUAGGAGAAACAUUUAUAAAAAUAGAACGGGCAUUGAAUCCCAGUGAAUGUCUUCUAUUAGCCGUCCACCCAUGUCAUAUUGAUUUUCGUCUACUCUUGUUUCCUAGUACAGCUUGUGCUGAUUGAAAUACUACAUUAUUGAUAUGAAAAUGAAGGUAGUCACUUGCACUUGUUGUGGUCUGAUUCUUGGGCAACUCUUCCAACUGGAGUUGUUCUGACUUGUGGUUCUUCUGACUGUGUGUCCCUGCACUUUAAGAAUACAUCCCUGAUCUUCUGUUUGUCUCUAUGUGCCUGUAGACAACCUGCUGAUUGACUAUCAGUUCACCUUCAGCCUUCUCCAGGAGGAUGACCACCACUACACCGCCAUCAACUUCAUGGCCACUCCUGAACAGGUCAGUCACCACACUGAGGCCUCAGUCAUCGAUGGGCCAGAGGGACGGUCUCAUGUAGCCUUUCUAUUAUAUAUUUUGUGCAUCUAACAUGUAUAUCAUGCAUAUAUUAUGUAAAGAAGAGAAAACCCACAUAAGUAUUAUUCCAAGUCAUCAUAAUGUUGGUUUGGAAUACAUGUGUUCGACCUCGUUUUGUGGUCAUAUUUUACAGAGCAACAAAAACCUGGACAUGUCGAUCAAUGCAUCCAACAACUUCAACCUCAACAUCACCUGGUCUAUUGGAUCAACAGGUAACUUGUUUUGGCUGAUCAUUUUGCCGUAGUUUGGAUCGGUAUGCACUAUUGUAAAUGUUUAAUUGACUGUUUGACAACAUGUCGGGGUCUUCCAUCUCAUUUGAUUCUGACUGACCACCUAGCUAUAUUCACAAUGGCAGAUAUAACCCAUUCAGCAUCACACAAUGUACACCCCCUGCACUACAUAAUCAAUUGUAGGACAUUGUUAUACUGUACUUUUCACCUGGGAUGGUAAAAAUAAAAUGUACAAUCUCUGAUGUACGAAAUCUCACUCUAUUUGUCAUCUUACCCAGAGGGAAUGGUGCCUUUGUUGUUCUACUCAGUGUCUCUCAUUAGACAAGAAUGUCUGUAGAGGAAUGCCCCUCUUGAAAAAUGUUGUGGAGAUAUUUUUAAUUAUGGCAUUGGGGGAUUUUUGAAGUGUUUUUGUGUGAUUUCAAUUAAGAUAAAACCUUGCCCAGACUGUUCCCGUGUUAACGGCCCAGAAUCUCUUUCUUUUUUUUAAACUUCAUUUGAGAGGAAACUUCAGGGCUUGAAUAUAUGUGCAGAACAAUUACAGUGAGCCUGUGUUAUGGCACUAAUAAAGUGGAUGGGGUAAUCUUUUAUUUAAGCCGUCCCAAAGUCUGGCCUAUUAAUGCAGUAUUCUUGAUGACGUCUUCAAUUUGGACCACUUAAAAUAUACAUGCAUGUAUCUUUUUUUUAAAGGAAAGUAGAAAUCCACUUUCCUUCCAUUUUUUAAAGCUUUAUUUGAACAGAUCAUGUCUCUGGCUGGGAGUUACAUGUGUGUUGACAGGUUACACCCACUAUCACUGCUAGAAUCUGUGCAUCUGUCUUCUAAAACAUCACUGUCAAUAGCCUGGCUACCUGUUUCUGUGUUCUCUCUCGACUGUCAUCACAAAACUUGGUUUUGUUUGACUGGCGCAACUGUCACAGCAGUACCUAUGCCCUCUGUACCUAUAUGUGUGCUUGACCAUCACCAACUGUAUUAUCCUCUCAGUAUCAAUUCCCAUGACGACUCACACUAUGACCCACCUCUCACCCCCAGCUGGCACCAUCUCUGGCGAAGAGGUGCCCAUUGUGUCCAAGACCAAUAUCCAGGAACACAGAGACAGCUUCUCCUGUGAGAAGUUCAACUUCCGGGUCAACUCCAACAUCACCUUCUAUGUCUACGUCAGCAACUUCUCCUGGCCAAUCAAGAUCCAGGUGAGGUUCUGUCAGUAG